ACUAGUAAAUAAUUAGGGGUGUAGAAACCGACAGAUGGCGGUAGUGUAACGUUGAGGAUGCAAGCUGGCGUUAAACAUAAAAGAAGAAGGAGAGGUAGAAGCUGUAAAUUCUAACCGUACGGAUGCCCACGUGGCUAAAUGGCGGAGAGAAGCAGAAACAUGCGGAGUCAAGAGAAAACAGAAGACACGAAGAACGUUCGCGAGAAAAUGGCGAGAAAGAGGAGUAAAGAUGAUUAUGAAGAAAAGCCUGAACAGGUCUUUGACUUUAACGUCAUACCUGCAGAGGAAGAUGACAAAGACCUGUCAGACAGUGAAGACAGCGUCUACUCAGGACUAGAUGAUUCUGGGAGUGACAGUGAUGAGGAGGGUUCAGAUGAUGAAGAGGGCUCAGAUGAAGAUGAUGGAAUUCAGCAGUUAAAGAAGCCAGAGGUGGCAGUAGGAGUCGCCGCUGCAGAAGAUAAAAAGGAAGAUGAGUACGAAAAUGACUCCUCAGAUGAAGAGGACAUUAGGAACACGGUGGGGAACAUUCCCAUGGAGUGGUACAAGGACUUCCCUCACAUUGGCUACGAUCUAGAUGGAAAAAAGAUUUGUAAGCCUAUCAGGAAUAAGGAUGAGUUGGACGAGUUCCUGGACAAAAUGGAGAACCCAGACUACUGGAAAACGGUCCAUGACAAGAAGACAGGAAGUGAUAUUGUCCUAUCAGAUGAGCAGGUGGAGCUAGUGAAACGUCUCCAGAGGGGACAGUUCGGUGACGUCAACUUCAAUGAAUACCAGCCGUCAGUAGAUUUCUUCAGUGCAGACGUGAUGAUCCACCCAGUCACCAACAGACCUGCGGACAAACGCAGUUUCAUCCCAUCUCUUAUAGAGAAAGAAAAGGUGUCUAAAUUAGUCCAUGCGAUAAAGAUGGGCUGGAUCAAGCCUCGGCGGGUUGACGAUGACAGUAAAGGGCAUUGCUAUGACCUUUGGGCAAGUGAGGACUCUUCUAUUCUGGCUAGACACAGGAUGCACCUACCAGCACCAAAGAUCCCUCUACCUGGCCACCAGGAAUCCUACAACCCCCCUCCUGAGUAUCUGUUCAGUGAUGAGGAGCGAGCUUUGUGGGAACAGCAGGACCCAACAGACAGGAAGUUGCCAUUUCUCCCAAUGAAAUUUUCAAGCCUCCGUCAAGUUCCAGCAUUUUCUCGCUUCAUUCAUGAGCGGUUUGAGCGCUGCCUUGACCUUUACCUGUGUCCCCGUCAGCGGAAGAUGAGGGUGAACGUUAAUCCAGAAGAUCUGAUCCCAAAGCUUCCCAAACCCAAAGACCUGCAACCAUUCCCCACAACACAGUCCUUGGUGUACCGCGGGCACACUGGCCUGGUUCGGUCCAUUAGUGUGUCUCCAUCUGGACAGUGGCUUGCAUCAGGUAGUGAUGAUGGUUCAGUCAGGUUCUGGGAGGUGUGUUCAUCUCGCUGUAUGAAGACUGUCCAGGUUGGCGGAGCUGUGAAGAAUGUCUCAUGGAACCCAAACCCGUCUGUCUGCCUGCUUGCUGUCGCAGUGAACUCUAUGGUUUUGGUCCUGUCACCCUCUUUGGCAGACAGACAAGUGGUCUCAUCAUCAGAGCAACUGCUUGUGUCCCAGCAGGAGACAGAGAUAAUGGAGGGGUUGGGAAAUGUUUCUUGGAUUGAGGCCGAAGGGGAGGAGCAGUGUCAAGGGAUUCGACUCAAAAUACAGCAUCCCAAGGCAGUCCACCAGGUUGCCUGGCAUGCCAGGGGUGAUUACCUGGCGUCUGUGAUGCCAGAUCACUCCAGCCACCUGCAAGUGUUCAUCCACCAAAUCAGCCGAAGGCGCAGCCAGAACCCCUUCAGGAAGAACAAGGGUCUGGUUCAGUGUGUUUCUUUUCACCCAGUACGGCCCUACUUUUUUGUAGCUACGCAGCGCUCCGUCCGGAUCUACAACCUUGUUAAACAGGAAAUGACCAAAAAGCUGCAGGCUAACUCAAAGUGGAUCUCCAGCAUGGCUGUUCACCCUGGAGGCGAUCACGUAAUCUGUGGGAGCUACGACUGCCGGCUCAGCUGGUUCGACCUUGACCUUUCAACCAAACCUUACAAGAUGCUGCGGCACCAUAAAAAGGCAGUAAGAGGUGUGGCCUAUCACAGACUUUACCCACUUUUUGCAUCUGCGUCUGAUGAUGGAUCUGUGAUCGUUUGUCAUGGCACAGUUUAUAAUGACCUGCUGCAAAACCCACUCAUCGUCCCAGUCAAGGUCCUCAGAGGUCAUGUGCCCACUCAUGACCUGGGGGUGUUGGACGUGACCUUCCACCCGACACAGCCCUGGAUCUUCUCAUCAGGAGCAGAUGCCACUAUCCGCCUUUUUACCUAGCAAACCAAUAUCCAACAGCUGUUGCAUGAAUCACUUGAUUGCUGUGAACUACAGUAGUAAACAGUGGUUAAUGCAGUUGCUAUGUUACCACAGGCCUUCGUAGAAAGAGUGGAACUAUAUGAUGCUUUGUUCUAUUUUUAAAUAAAGUGUUUCUGUCUGGUU